AGUCUAAAGACUAUAACCAAUUAUCAUCAUCCUUUGUAAAUGAAGACCAUGACCAAUUAUUAUCAUCUCUUAUAAGCAAAAACAACAGACUAAUCGAAUCUGAUUCAAUAUUUGAAAGUGAAAAUAAUAGGAUAAUUGAACUUGAUGCAAUAUUUCUUGUAAGUGAAAAUAACAGUAUAAUCAAAUCUGGUAUAUCAUCUUUUGUAAGCGAAAGUAACAAGAUAAUUGAACCUGAUAAAGAUCUUGUUUAUAUUAGUAAAAAUGAUACU